AUGAAAGUGAUUCAGGUCCUUAUUCUCGCUGCAUUGGCGACUACGACUGUAUUGGGUGCUACUGCUCCUGCCACCCCUGCUACUGCCAUUGCCGCUGCCCCUGCUACUGCUACUGCCGCUGCCCCUGCUACUGCUACUGCCCCUGUCAUUGCCACUACACCUACUACCGUCACUGCUACAGAGACACCUACUACUAUUACCACUGCCACUACACCUUCUGCCGCCACGCCGGAUGUGAAAUCGUCACUUGCUUCUUCUUCUUCUUCGUCCACAGCUUCACCCGCUGCUUCACCCGCUGCUUCAUCCCAUGCCACAGACACAGUCGCAAAUGAGGACGAAGUCGCAGACGUUGCUGGUCUCAGUGACGCUGCUGGCACUGCUGGCUCCCUGGACCCUCUGGCGUCGGCUGAUCUAAUUACUACGGACGCAGGGUCGACCAGCAAAGCGCCCUCUUCGCCUUCUUCACCCUCGUCGGAAAAAGACGAUACUAAGCAGAAAAGUACUGCCAAGGCUGACUCCGACUCGGGUCCUACUGGCAAGGGGGGCGGUGCUAUUCCUCCUCGUUCUGGCGGGCCGCUCCCGAAAUCGGAUGCAAUGCUACCUACUAUGGGCUCAGUUGUCGCGGUCGUCGUUGCUGUCGACCGGACUAUUCAACGUACAGAGCAACUGUGUGUGGGUCGGAAAGAGCAAGAGCUACGGAGAAAGACAUCGUUUAUUUUAUCACGCGUAGACGUGAAAUAG